AUGAGACGAGUCUACAAUCAUCUAUCCACCCCUGCAUCAGUGUUUGAAGUCUUGGUUUCCAUGUCCUGUGUGAAUAUCAAACCAACCGGAGCCUCCAUCCAGCAACUGUCUACUACUAUUCCGACGCACGACCAUGCUGAUACAUUUACUCGACGAAAAACGUUUCCAUUAGGAAGAAGUUCUGUCCGGCAUUAUAACAUACCCCUUUCAUGGGUAAAAUUCAAUUCAAUUGUCGACAAGUUCGCCUCAACAAAAACACUACUGAACUCGUCUAAUCUGGGAAUAGAUAAUGGAAAAGAUAGUACAGUUGAUCAGCAUUCAAUUUCAGAUCAUAUUGAUCAAGGCCUGUCAGCAAAUGACAAAAUAUUUCUUCCCUUUGGGAUUGUCAUGCAAAUCUUUUCCUAUCUAUGUCCAUCUGACCUGUCAAAAUGCAGCACAGUAAACCAUUUUUGGAGAAAAACUGCAAUGAGUCCCAAACACUGGAAACUGUAUUGUCUUUCUAGCGGAGCAUUUAGCAAUCCAAAUGAUGAGGACCUGUUUUCAAAACACAGUGAAUUUUGGUCAGAAGGUCUUCGUUGGAAAACCAUCUACUACGAAAAUCGUAUUCGAACGAAUAAUUGGAUUUCUGGAAAAUACACCAAACGACUUAUUGAUGCGUUGGAUCCAACUGAUGCAAUUACCUGCUUUGCUCUCGAUUCCGGUAGACUGAUCAUCGGGUCACGAGAUAGACGAUUACAACUUUCACAAGUCGAUACGCCCGACUUUUGGCAUGCUGAUAAUCAAAAACUCGAUCCAAAAACCCAAUUUGACGGACAUCAUCAAAAUCCAAUCAUGUGCAUAGGAUAUUCUGAGAUUAUUCAAAGCAUCAUAGUUUCAGCAGACACGUCUGGGGAGUUGGUAUUUUGGAAUGCAUUUACUGGUCAAUUCCUUGCAUCCAUUAAAAAUGCCAACAAAGGAGGCGUGUCCAGCAUCUGUGUUGUCGAUGCUAAUCAUAUAGUGUGUGCAGGGUUUGAUAAGUUGGUGCGGUUAUAUCGUCUCAUGCCAGCAGAAGUGGAUGAUUCUCAGCCUGCACCCAUGCAAAAAACCAAUAGCUCAACUUUCUCUUGUUCCAGUCAAAAGUCGUCUUUUGUGUCAAGUUUAAAAAAAGGCAGUAAAGAUUUGGAAUCAACUCAAGAUACUUUUCAAGAAUAUAGUAAACCUGAAAUUCUUAGACCCACAUCAGGAUCUAGAUUAUGGCACCGGCACAGCUUUACUCAAUCAGAGUCUGAACCAACGUCUCGUCCUGAAUCGAUAAAUUCUGAUUGUCUAGUAGAAUCUAGGCCUUGCAAGUCAAAAUUACGGUUUGGAUGGCGAAAAAAAUCCAUUUUGACAACCAAGCAAAAUAUUGUACUUGUCCACGAAAUGAAGGGACACAAGGGUGACAUAUAUUGCCUUGCGCUUUUAGAUGCUGGCUCAAGAUUGGCAUCUGGCUCUACCGACCAGACUAUCAAAAUCUGGAAUACACGAGGAGGGAAUUGUAUCAUGACUCUCAAGGGACACGAUCAAGCAGUGACAUGUCUUAAACCAAGUGAACAGUUCUUGUUUAGUGGAUCUUUGGAUCGUACUAUUCGAAAAUGGAAUCUUAAAACUGGAGCAUGCUUACAAGUCAUUACAGGACAUACUGAAUGGAUAAAAACAAUGGAUAUUACUAGAAACUAUCUUAUUAGUGGUGGCUGGGACGAAACCCUGUUUAUAUGGAAUCUUGAAAAGGGUACAUUGGUUCACAAGAUUGUGCUAGAUAUGGGCCCAAUUCUCUCACUCUACUGCAAUUCUUCACGAAUUGUUGCUGCUAUGCGCGAUCCUCGAUAUCAACAUAUGUUGAUAUCGAUUGAUUUUAGUUCACCACGACCAGAUUUUACAGAUAUUCAGGUAUGCAGUUCUCCUACAGCAAUGUCUUGCUCUACAACUGUUGCAGAUUCACCAACAUCAACUCUGCAAUUUUUCCGACCUCCGCUACCUCCAAAACUUUCCUCACUGACAUUGUCGCGAUCCGGGCUAUUAAACUCAUCGCUCUCCAAGGUAUCAAAGUAG